AUGACGGUACCUGAACUUGCAGACAAGCAGACGACCAAUGGACUGGAUCACCCCAAGUCCAAUGGUGUCAGGUCCAAUUCGUGGCAGCAGCCCGGCACGUCUGCCGCCGACUUCCGCAGUGAUACCGUAACAACUCCUACGCACGCUAUGCUUCAAUCCGUUCAAAACGUUCUACUUGAUGACGCUUGGAAUGAGGGUGGUAUGACUGCCUUCGAGCGGCAUCUCGCCCAGAUUACCGGACGAGAGGCGGCUUUGUUUGCUCUCUCUGGAGUCAUGGGGAACCAGCUGGCAUUUCGCUCCCAUCUUACGCGGCAUCCCAUGGCUGUUCUCUGUGACAAGCGUAGUCAUGCGUUAUUGUUCGAAGCUGGUGGUAUUGCGAGCUUGACCGGAGCGCUGGUGCAGAGUGUGAUGCCCCGAAAUGGGCUUUAUCUGACACUUGAAGACAUCAAGGAGAAUGUUGUCCUCGAGGAACGUGGAGACGUGUUUCACUGCCCUACACGGCUGAUUCACCUCGAGAACCCGCUUGGAGGUGUGACAAUGCCUCUUGAUGAGGUUCGGCGAAUCUGUCAGUUUGCCCGUCAACAUGGAAUUAAGGUCCACAUUGACGGUGCCCGCCUGUGGGAAUCUGUUGCCGCUGGCCACUGUACCCUUCCGGAAAUAUGUGCCGAGGCAGAUAGUGUCACUAUGUGCUUCACCAAGGGACUUGGUGCCCCCGUUGGCAGUAUUCUGGUUGGAUCGGAUGACUUUAUCGUUCACUCUAAAUGGAUCAUGAAGAGCAUUGGUGGACACGUACGGCAGCCCGGCAUCGUCACCUGCAUGGCUUGGGCCGCUCUCGAUGAAGCCUUUGGCAGAGACCCUAACGGCUCCGAGGCUGUUCUGCUCAGGAAGAGUCACGAGAAUGCCCGAAGAAUCGCAGAGGUUUGGGAGGAACUCGGCGGGCAGCUGGUUCUGCCCGCUCAGACAAAUCACGUCUGGGUUGACCUGAGCGCCGCUGGUAUUUCCCCACAAGAAUGGGUGAAGCAAGGCGAGGAAUGGGGCCUGCGUCUGCGUGGACCCCGAAUGAUUGUUCACUAUCAAAUCACCGACGAAGCUCUUGACAGAAUGACUGGUUUCCUCAGGCAUAUUCUGUCAGACUCUCGACGGCAUGCCAAUGGGCGAAUCAAAAAUUCCCAGGACUUCCGCAACAUGUAUUCCUCAUACUAG